AUGGGUUACUUCGACCUCAACAUUCCCUGUCCGCAACCUUCAACCACCAACAAGGCCACCGAACAAAGCAACCGCACUAGGCUCGUGGUGAAGGCCAUGGAGUUGGGUUACACCGGAAUCGCUUACAACCGCACGAUCAAGGGCGUCAUGUCCGAUCAGCACCGUUGCUCCAUCUCCCUUCUUAGCCUCUCCUCUCUCCUCAACGUUCUUCCCUCGCUCUCCCUCUCCGCUAAUCUUCAUCGCUCCCUCCUCGGAAUCCCACUCUCCACUCCCUUCCGUCAGUACACGCGACUCACCGUUUGCGUCGAGAGCCCUGCCCAGGCCCAGGCCCUCAAUUCGGGGAACCCCAUUUUGAAGACCUACGAUCUCGUCGCUGUUAAGCCCUUGAACCAGACCGCGUUUGAUCUUGCGUGUCAGACCAUGGAGCGCGGGGUUUGUUUCGAAGUCACGUAUUCUGGUAUUUUUGCUGAUGUUCAAACAAGGAGACAGUUAAUUUCCAGUGCCAAGUUGUUGAUGGACUGGACACGGGGACAAAAAAUUGUAUUUUCAAGUGCUGCACCUACUGUGAAUGAGCUCAGAGGACCGUGUGAUGUUGCAAACUUGUUGUCAUUGUUUGGACUCUCCAAGGAGCGAGCUAAUGCAGCUAUUUCUAAAAACUGUAGGAUUCUUUUAGCUAAUUCUUUAAGGAAGAAACGAUUUUAUAAAGAGGCAAUAAGAGUAGAAGUGUUAUCAUCAGAUGCAGCAUCUCAUUCUAUGGAAGAUCGAUAUCAGGAGUUACUACAGUGGGAUCCUAUCUCCAGUGGUGAAGGUGAUAUCCUGUUGAAUGACAUACAAAAAUCUUCUUUAGGCUCUUGUAAAGCAUCAAAAACUGCAAAAGCCAUUGACUUUACUUCAGUGGUCAACAGUCUUCCAUCUAAUGGCUUUGAAAUCAAGAAUAUCUUACCUACAAACAAUACUUCAGACAAAAUAAUAAACUUCGCACCUGUUGCCAAAAGCCUAAAUCAGUCAACACCUGUACCUAAAACCUUCACUGAGCAGUCCAACGGUCUUGAUAAUUGUCGUGACCAAGUUGAAAACUCUAGAUCAGAUGCUACAACAAGAAGUCACAUUUUGAGUCAUGAUAAUGUUUUUGAGAAAAAUAUAACUAGUGGAACUACUGAUGCUGUCAAUUUUAAGGAAAUAGACAUUCCAAUUGCCAUUGACUCUGUUUUCCCCGAGGACAAGGUAAAUUUCCUGCCUGUUGUCAAAGAAAUAAAUCAAUGGAUACCUGUGCCUAACGACUUAGCUGUGCAGCCUGAUAGGCUUGAUGUUUGUCCUGAGCAAGGUGAAAGAUCCCAACCACUGCAACAAAGUGAUGAUUAUUUGGAGAAACUACAGAGUGGAACUUCCAAAUCUUUCAAUUCUAUGGAGAUUGACAGUUCGAAAAAUGCCACAAAGUUGAAACAAAGAAGUUUUAUUGAUUCAGAUGUUGAUUUCAUCCCGAUUGAAGCAAAAGCAUUUGAUUCACAAUCAAACAUGGACAUCUCAAGCAUUAAAUUGGAUACUGUAAAACCUUGUGAGAAUAAAAAACUGUGUGGAUCUGUGCAAGAUGUAAAUGAUAUUUUUCCUGCACCGGGUCAUGCUAAACACUAUAAUGAGAAAAGUUCUGAUGUUAAUUUGAAUGAACCAGUUGGCAAAAUUGAUGAAGCUUUGUCAAAUGAAAAUUCAAAAAUAUAUAUUUCUGAUACUUCAAUGGAGGAUAAACAGUUUAACAAACUUCAUGAUGCAGUUGAACAUGAGAAGAUGCAACAGUUAACAUCUUAUGAUGAAAUGAAAAUGGAAGAUAAUUCCAAAGCUGUCAACCAUUUAAAUCCAGAUGUUGUAAUGAAAGAUAAAACACUUGGUGAAGUGAGCACUGAAUCUGAUCAAUUUGCCUCACUUCAUUCUGUAUCAGGUAGAUUGAAACUGAAGCGAAGGACACUUCGGGGUCUACCUUUAUUUCCCUUCAAGAGAUUGCUAAAUCCAGUAACUUUGAAGAAGAAAGUUAAAAAAAGCAAGAGCAGAACUAAGCUGAAGUAA